UAAUUAAUUUUUUUUAGUUAAAAAAAUCUGAGCCAUAAUUAUCUGCCAUAUUCUUGUUCUUUGUUAAUUUACUCUUUGGAAAAUCCCCAUUUGGGGCAUGUUUCAUUUUCUUGUCUGGGGCCAGGAUGUGAACAGGAUGUGCUGCUGUAUCACUUCUGCAAUGCUGAUGUCACUACUGGCCAAGCUGCACUGCAGACACUCUCUGGAAACAGAGGUUGUUCAUUGAAAUCUGUUUGCUGCCACCAAGAGGUACCUACCCAGUUAAAAAAGCCUUUCUCUUGUAGUGGUGACAGUCCAAUCCUUAAAAGGCUUUGUUGGCCCCCUGCAGAGGUGGACAGCCUCAAUGAUAAAUUACUUUGCAAGAUGAGUGAGAGGCAUUGGGUAUCCACAUCUCCACAGCAGCUGAGAGCCUCAGGUAACCAUGGUGGGGACAAUUAGGAGAGUGUGAAGUAUCCCCAUCAACUCAUUUAAUAUCACCAUAGAAGAUUAGCAGAAGUAGCUGUGCCUGGUCCUUUCUAAUUCUGCAGAUUUCUUUUACCCCAUGUGAUGGGACCUCUCUUUACCCAUGUACAUUAACCCCCACAGAUUGGCUUGACCAUCUCUGCAUUUAAUAUUCAAAAAUAUUUAUUAUCUUCUAUCCUAUUUAGGGUAUAAACACUUAGCCAUGCAGAGUUUAUAGAUUAUGGAGACAAAUAGUAAUCAACAGUCACAGGAACAAAUGUAGAACUGCUAUUAUGGCAGUUGCUACAAAGAGGAGACACAUAUAUGUAUGAUAUAAGAUAUGAUAUUGAGAUUCCACCUUGUCAGGGGCAGCAGAAGAGAGGUCUUGGUGGGAUAUGUAAAUCUGUGUACAUGUGUUAAUCAGUACCUGCAAUGGAUGACACUCUAAGUAAAGGGUACAGAGUGAGGAAAGGAAAGGACCUAGAAACAUUGCUUAGCCAGACAGAGGAGGAUAAACAGACAAAUAAAGAAUGGCCAGAAAGUUGGAGGGAAACCAGAAGAGAGCUGUGCCCUAGCAGCCAAGCAAGGAGAGACCAGUUAGAUCAAGAGUUAAGACUAAGAAGAGCAUAUGAUGGAACAUUGUGUCUCUGGAGAUCAACAGGAUGUCUAUGUUGCAGACCCAGUGAUGUGGUAGGGCACACCUGGAUUCAAAUGUGGCUGCUCCCUUAUUAGGUCUGUGGCUUUUAGUAAAAGGCUAUCUAGCUUCAGAUUCUGCAUCGUAAAAUAGGGAUAAUAUCUCCCUGAUAGAGUUAUUAUAGGGAUGAGAUGAAUUAGCAUAUGCAAUGUCCCUAGCACUUUGCAGAUCCUUAAUAAAGACUGAUUCUUCUCUUCCAAUACAACUCUGGCUAUUUAUUAAUUUGUUCUGUUUGUCACUCUCCUUGAUUUCUUAGCAUUGGUGUUGGUGACCUACCUGUUAGGAUCAUCACAGGUCCCGUCCCACAUCACUCGGGGUGUCAGCAAGUUGUGAGUGACAAAUCAAUGAUCUGGACACUAUAGGUAGCUAGAUGCCCACCUGUAUCUCUUGGUAUGCAGAGAGACACAGCACUAGGAACUGGAUAAGGACACAAUAUGCCCUUCUUUAUCAUACCAAGUUUUUCCCUUCCAGGGAAAUAAACUUCAGUUACCAAAAUUAAUACCUAAUCUUGUCUUGACCAUCCUUCUACACUAUAUCCAAUUGUAUAACUCUCUAAUGCAAAAUACUAGUAAUAAAUGACUGAACACAAUUUAGGGUUUUUAAUUUUUUUUCAGAGACAGCAUUGGCCUUCCUAGAUUUUUUGGAUUGCUAGAAGGAGCCACUACCUGCUCCUUUCCUUCAUUUUUGUCUAUUAUAUAUAGUGAAUGUCCCCUACCCAUUCAGAACUCUUGCUCUGCCCACCACCUCUGACGGUUUUUACAGUGUAACUGUGAUUAUGGCAAAUACAGUAACUACCCAUUGGGCUACUCAACGCUUGCCUUAAACUAAACCCCAGAAAAGGCUGGACACUGUUAUGGAGAGACUGACAUACUUCUAUUGUUGCUAACAGGGGGUACCUAACUUUUAAAUCUGUUUAAGAAUUAACCUUGUGUCUCUAAUUAGCACACGUUUGCUAUUGACGGUGGCCAUGUUUUCCGAAGCAAACAUAACAUCUAAUAAGCAAAAGAGUAUUUUUAGGAACAGACAACUAUAUUAAAUGAGAAUUGUUACAGAAAUUCCUAGGCUUGGGGGUCGUGCAGCUACUAAACAUGUGUACUAUUUAAAUUAUAACAGACCUAUGAUCUCAUUCUACUUUCAGAAUGGAAACGGUAAACAUUUUAACAUGGUACUUGGGGAUAACAGGAACUGAUGGAAAGAAAUCUGGGAUUAUUGGCGUUUCUCUAUCCGCCUACCACGCCAGACAGGGCCAGUCUCUCCAGUUGGGGGCACUGCGUGGGGGACAGCGACCGCGCCUCCAAGCGGCGCACCGCGAGUACGCGCGUCUGCGCUGGGGCCUCGCGCGCGUUCCACGAUGGAAGACUGCGCGUUUGAGUGUCCCUGGCAACGCCACGCUUCCGCCUUCUGGAAGCCUGCACUCCAGCUUCGAGUGGAACGAUGCCUCUGGAGGUGGUGGUGGAGCUGCAGAUCCGGGCGAUUUCUUGCCCAGGGGUGUUCCUGCCUGGCAAGCAAGAUGUGUACCUCGGGGUCUACCUCCUGAAUCAGUACCUGGAGACAAACAGCUUUCCCUCUGCGUUCCCCAUUAUGAUUCAGCAGAGCAUGAGAUUUGAAAAGGUGAUCUUGACUUUCUCAUUGGCUUUUAAUCCUGGAGCUGUAGUAGACGCUUUGGAAAUGUGGGAUGAGUUGGCCUACUAUGAAGAAAACACACGGGAUUUUCUUUUCCCAGAGCCCAAGCUAACACCUUCGCACCCUAGGAGGUGUAGGGAAGUGCUCAUGAAGACGGCUCUAGGUUUUCCAGGAAUUGCUCCUAAAAUAGAGUUUUCUACAAGGACAGCCAUCAGAGAAUGUGUGUUUCUGCACAGAAACAGAUUUCUUGAAGAAAGACAUAAGUCACGAAGGCCUUUAUCUACAUCACAUGAACCAAUAUUUCCCUUAAAUACUAUAAAGAUGAAACUAAAGGAGAAUAACCUCAACAGACUGCCCAAAGGCAUGCAAGCCCGGGAGCCCUCUCCAUGUUCUACCAGGCAUUUCUUCCAGGACCAGCCAGUUCAGUUGAACCUUGGAAGUAAUUUCAAAAUCUCUGGAGGAAGCAAGCCUCCAUUUGUUGUUAGACAUGUGGACAGUGCAAAGCCCUUUGGUGAGAAUAUUUCAGAGCAUCAUUUGAGGAGGUGUAGAAGAAAAUCUAAGUUUUCAGACUUUCCGUUUCCAAUGAGAAGAGCUUCUUCUCUUGACAGCCUUGCAGCUAACGUAAAGGUUAUCAGAGAGCCAGAUGAACGGAUUAUUUUAAGGAGUGACUCAUCAUCACGUUUAGAUUCAAGUCAGUUUGGAAAGUCCUCGUCCAGUAAACAAGGGGAUGCCGAUUUCCACCGGAAAGCUUCAUUUGCCACCUCCCAGCAUUCCAGCUCUCCCGGACCCUUGGAUCAGCCCCUUCUCAGAGAAAGGUUCCAUCCUGGUUCUCAGUCCACUUGGAAGAAUAUCCAUGAGAGGGUAUGCAGUCUUCUGACAUCCCACAGAGCACAGCAGCACCAAAAUAAGGAAGAGUCUACCUCUGAAGUAAAUUAUAUCAUUGAAAGACCAAGCUGCCGUCUGAAGAAAUACCCACUGCAUGAACAGAGAUAUUUUUAAGCUGCUGUCUUAUAUAAGGGAAAUUAAUGAAAGCUGAAGGAGGAUCAUGAAGAGCUCACUCACUACGACAAUUGAAGCAUCCUUAAAGAAAUGAAUAAUUUUUGUUGUCUGUUGAAUCACUGAUGUCUAAUCCCCUUUAAACCAAAUGCUGUAUUCAGUCUUUUGUGCCCAGGAACUGACACUCACUGAAAUUGGAAUUUUGAACUGGGAUAAACAUCAUACUUGUUUUAUUGGGAUGACUUCCAGGAACAGACCGUAGGCAGUGGCAGUAGGUGUUAUUGCUGGAAGUGUUGCAUUCGCGGUAGGAACUCUUCAUUAUGAAAGCUCAUUUGUUGUUGCUUAAGGGAUAGGAUGACGUCCUUUGUUCACUGGGUCUCCUCCCAGCCCUGCAGUUAACCAAAUUGAUUCCACAGCCUCGCAUGGACCUACUCAACUUGUAUUUGUUAAACUCCUGUGUGCUCAGUAUUGCGCAGGACCCUGUGGGGUAGGGAGGGGUCACACUAAGGGGUAUAAAAUACAACCUGUGCCCUCUUGAAGUUUCCAGACUUACUGGGGCAAUGAGACGUUAAAUGAGAUAUUUCAAGUGUGAUUCCCAAAAGGUGUUGCAAACUCGGAUGUCUUUAGGGCCAGGCAGGAUUUAUGACUGUCAGAAGCAGUGGAGUUUGAAAUAAUGGUGAGUGAUGGGAGCUGGAGUGAAGUGGAGCGUGUAACACCCCACCCUCCCACAAGGUGUUCAUCUUCAAAUUCAAAUCUAAACCAGCCAAAGGCUCUGUGGCCCACAUAAAGCUGGUCUGAAGCUGGGUCUUGCCCAAAGCCACCAGUUUUGACUCCUGUUUAGUAUUAUAAAGUAAUGAUAUUGAUUUACAGUGAGGUUUGUGGAAUUCAAUUUCAUUACUUUAUAGUCAAGUCUCAUUGAUUGACUUAAUAAUAUAAGGCAGUAUCCGAUUAUGUACCAAGAUACUGUUGCUUCUGUGUGUUUCAGGAGGUUAGAAACAGGUGGUAUUGGGAUUGGAGGCCAAGAAUUUAUUUUCAGUGUUUAAAAAAUAGGCAGACCAGGUAGAGAAGAGAUUUGGGAGAGUGAAGCAAUUGGGGAGAGUGUAAUGAAGCAUGUGCGUAUGGAGAAGAGGAAAUGUCUUCCGGGGUAUCUUCUGAAGUGUCCUAAAUAUUCAGGUGAGUAUUUUCAACUUUGUGCUGUAGACAAUAAGAAGCCAUUAGAGUUUUGGAGCCAGAAAGCAAAGUAUUAACCUGAUGAUCUUGUGCAGGAUGGUUUGGGGGUAGGUAGAGGCUGGCAGUGGGGAGACUCUUGACAAAGCCUUUGAAGAAGUCUGAAAAUUAGGGCAAUAGAACCUGAACUGAGUAGGAGAGUCACAGGAAAGAGAAGGGCUGAUUAGAUACCAGGGCUGGGAAGACAUCAUGAGACAACUUAUUUUAGGGGUGCUUAAAAACCUGUGGGUGUAUGGGGGAGGUACCUGGCCCUUUUAAGGAAGAAGUGGUUAAGUCAGGUGGCCUGGGCUUGUUACAAAGUGAAGGUGAACUACUUAGUCAGCAGAAUAAAGUAUUGAUGGAGAGAAUAAUUGCCCUGCAGAAAUAAGGACACAGUGUCCUUCAUUUUGUGGAUUCAUAUUCUUCAUGAUGUGUGAGGCAAGAUGAACUGAAGGACUAAGAGAACAAAAUAGGAGCUCAAAUGAAAUCCUUUAGGGACUUUUGUUUUUGUGGUCUCUUUUUGGCCAGGGAGAUAGAAUAGGGAACACUCAGAAUUAGUAGGGGGCGGGGUGGGUGUUUCAGAAGCAAUGGAGGCCUUGUCUGGGAUUUUGUUUCGUAUUUUUUUAAUCCCUCUGAAUCUUGUUCUUAUCGUGAAGGCCUCAUGGUUGUAAAUAGAAUUUAGAGGAUUAUCAAAAUACAAGUUGUUUAUUCAAGAAUUACUUGGGAAGAGAAAAUGCAGGAGUACACCACGUCCAGUGAUGCACGUCUGGACAGAGGCUGUCUUGGGUCACUCACUUCACAAAGAGGCAUCACUGUUUACUCAGGGGCUCCCACCUGAGGCCCAGAGCAGAGGGAUUCAAAUAAAUGGACCAACCUCUAUAGACCUGCCUUGCAACCUCAAACCUUUUGGGGACAAAAGCAAGAAGAAAUGUUUAUGAUCCUAGAUUGUAGGGGAAAUAAUGGUGAUUUUUAAAAACACAAUUCCCAAUCUGGGAAAGAGAGACUACAGAAAAGAUUGAUGAAAUUGAUUUUGGAUAAAUUCAGUUUAAAAAGAUGGUAGAAAGGCCAACAAGAAGUGGUCAGUAGAAGUUGAAAGUGGGGAUCUGAGAUUUGGCUUGGAGAUCAGUUUAGGAGAAACCAAGGGCAGCUGUAGAUUUUGUGGAUACGCAUUGUUGUUAAUCAUCUGCGUAGAGAUGGUAGUUGAAUCCAUAAUAUUGGAGGAGUAUCUGGUGGAGAGAGAAAGACCAGAAGCAUGUGAGCUUGUUCAUUCAUUCCACAGAUAUUUGAGGGGACCCUGUGUGUGUGGCACAGGCAGAGGUGAGACCCACAGCAAGGGAGCAGCAGGAGGAGGAGGUUACAAAAGUGAUGGAAGAGUGGUGGGAAAGGGUCAGGUGGGGCAGAAUCUCGUAAUGUCUUGGAAGCCAAGGAAAAAUAACUUAGUGGAAUAUAAAGCUAACCGAUAGUGACAAAUGUUGCAGAAGAGUAAAAAUUGACGACUGAGAAAAUGCCUUUUGGAUUUCAUGAGCAGGGCAUCGAUGACCUCGGAGUUUCAGGAGUGCUGUGGAAGCCCGACUGUAGGGGAUUAGGUGUUUGUGAGUGGGGAGGAAAUGGAGUCACAGCAUAAAGAACAAAAAGCAGCCCCUAAAAUUUUGUAAGAAAAGGAAAAGAGAAAUAGGGUUCCAGUUUUUAUUCUGACUCCCCAUCCCUGGUUUUGGAAAAGAAAGGGAUUUUGGGGAGAGUUAGGAUUUGAGUGAAACAUUUAAAGGUGAUAUGAGGGAGGGACACAAUGAUAUUGUAUACCAUAAAGGAGGUGAGGCUGGGCAGCUAGAUGAGAUGGGAGAUAAUCUAGACAUAUUUAAAAUUAAUUUUUGCUAGAAUGGGAAAACAAACAGGCAAUUUGAGGGAGCAAAUUUGGUUGUAUCAAAUAAAAUGUUACGAUUAGAAAAGAUAAACAGCUUGUAAAGAGGUGACGAUUGGAUACUAUCAUGCAUUUCCUCUUACUUUUUAGACAUUUUGAAGCACUAUAUCUUAAUAGUUAGGAAAAGACUUGGAAUCAUGUGAGUCCCAGCUCUGUGAACUUGGGCAAAUUACUUAACCUCCCUAAGCCACAGUUUCCUCAACUGGGAAACAGACGGUAAUAUGACCUGCCUAAUAGAAGUGUUAAGAAGAAUGUGUGAGACUAUGCAUGUAAAGUAUUUAGUACAAUGCAGCAUAUAAUUAGCACUUGGUAUUAGCAGUGAUUCAUUUUUUCUUAAACCGCUUUAUUCAGGUGUGAUUGGCAUACUAAAGGUGUACAUAUUUAGCAUGUACAACUUGGUGAGUUGUGAAACCAUCACCAAAGUCCAUGCCAUAAACCUAUCAUCUUCAAAAAUUUCCUCUCACCUUCUUUAUUAACUAAUUAUUUUGGGGGGUAUGAUAAAAACACAGUGUAAAAGCUACUAUAUUAGCAAAUUUGUAAGUAUACAAUACGGUAUUAAGUAUAGCUACUAUGCUAUGCAGUAGAUCUAGCCAAUGAUUCUUAUCUGCUUUGAACAUUUAGACCACCCCACACUUGAGUUAUAAUUAAUAUUUUAGUACUCCUGGCACUCUCUGCCUUAUAAGGCCUGGUGAAGAACAGUGACACUGCAGCCAAAUGGCUGAGCCAUCUAUUUGUUGUGUGGUCUUUGGGAAGUUGCUUAAUGUUUUGUGCUAGUUUCUUCAUUUGUAAAAAGGAGAGAAUAAUAGUACCCACUUUAUGAUGCUGUUAUGAAAUUAAAUGAAUUCAUAUUUAAGUGGUAAGAACACUGCUUGCCACAUAGUAAUUGCAGUGCCAACAUUUGCUGAGUAAAUAAAAAAUGUUCUUCCUCUGUGUCUUUUUUUUUUUUUUUUUGAGAUGGAAUCUCGC